GAUUUAAUACAGCUGAUAGGACGCUCCGUGCAGUUGCGGUCGGCUCUGCCGAGGAAGCGUUUUGUUUUGCCAUCGGCACUUCGAUAGUAGUUUUUGUAGAGUGUUUUGUUUCAUUGGAAGAACCGCCUUAGACUGUCGCAGUUCGCUUGGGGCAGUUCAUGUUACUUUUGUGGUGCAUCCUACUCUUCAAGUAGUUUUGGUGUUAGAAUCGGUUGGGAAAUAUAAUGCAAAUUUUUGUUCGCCUCUCUCUUGAUUGUCAGAAGAAAUUGUUAAGGCAGUAAUAAAUGGAGUCCGACUACCAUUGGCUCAUCACGAUUGGGCUUGUGACGUCAUCGGUCAUCGCAGUCACCGCCAAUUUUUUUUUGCUGGUCGUCUUCUGCAGACGAAGAGGACUACGCACCGUACCAAACAGAUUCGUGAUCAACCUCCUGAUAACAAACCUACUCUCUAGUAUUCUACUCAUUCCAUUACUCCUGGUGGACCAGGACGCUCGUACUCCCUCCCAGCUGACCGUCCAGCAGAACCAAACGGACGUCAUCAUCAAAGAAAAGUCCACCAACAUAGAGAUCAUCCAAACCGACCAGAACAUCCUGGCUCACGGCUUAGGGCUACCCUCCAACACCACCACCAACCGGCACUUGCUGUGCUACUUCGCACAGAGCACCACCAGUUUCGUGUGCACCGCCUCCAUCUUCAGCAUCCUCCUCAUAGGCAUCAACCAGUACUUCGGGGUGAUCCACUCGUUGAGGUACCACUUCUACAUCAACAAGUGCCGGUCCAGCAUCUUCAUAGGCAUCAGCUGGUUCGUCGCGCUGUUCUGCGCCACCCUGAGUUCGUUGACGUACAGCGACAGCAGCCUGUGGCACUUCUGCGAGGAGAGGAGCCAGCCCAGCCACACGGUGAAGGUGCUGAACACCACCUACGCCUUCGGGUACUUCUUCCUCGUCAUCUUGGCCCCCUUCGUGGCCAUAUGCGUGAUUUACGUGUGCAUUUACACCGCCGCGCACCAAAACAGCGAGAGGAUGCGCAGAUCCACCUCCGCACCCCUCAAUUCCUACAUAGACUACAUGCAGGUGCCGCUGCCCAAGUGUCGGGAAGUCAAAAGCCAGAACUCUUUGCCCAAAGUGCAUUCCGCGCCCAAUUUCUUCAACAUAGAACGCGAGGAGAGCUUCAAAAUUGAAAAUUCCGACGUGGAGAGUCAAAAACCUAGGACGAAAGUGGUGAGGACUUGUAGUGAUCGCAUCGCGCACAGUUUUAUCAACAAUUUAAGACACAAGAUCUCCAACGCGUCAGUGUUCCGGUACCGGGAAGAGACCAGGGCGGCCAAGAUAAGCGUCCUGGUGAUUCUGAUGGUGCUAGUGUGUUACAUACCCUACGGUUUGACUCUGAUCCUCAGUUCGGAGUGCGUAAAAGUGAACUCUAGUCAGAUAUUCAAUUAUCUCUCUUUGAUUCUACUGGUGUUUUCCAACAUACUGUCCCCCUUCCUGUUCGGCUAUCGGAACAAGAGGGUCAAGAGGGAGAUAUGCAAGAUGUUCGGGUUGUUGCCGAAGCAGAGGAUACCUUUCGGGGAGAGGCCGAGGAGGGUGGCGGAAAGCGGUACGGUGGCGGAGCCCCAGGGGGCCGACGAGCCGUUCAUCCAGAAAGACUGCGUGGUGCCCGAGGUGAUAGUCACCUGCAAGCCGGAGAGCGAGAGGAAGAGCAUCCUGAAGAGGGUGUGCAACUCCUCCAGCUGGGCCAGCUACAAGAAGUGCAAUUUCAUCACGGUGCCCGACAGUUGCAUCAGCGGCGAGGCCAGGGGUUCGUUCUCCAGCGCCAGCACGCAGAUCUCCACGGAGGAGUAGAAUUUUUAAAGUUAAUUUACCCCGGGAAACGUUCUGGAGUUAGGGAAAGGUCCAUUAGACUCAGAUGUGGUCAGCUAGUAGGUUCUAGUUCUAAUUAGCCGGGUUAUAUAUGUCAGGUAGACUCAGAUAUGGCCAACUAGUAGGAUCCAGCGUAGUCUGAGCUCUUGCCAAGAGUAUCUUCUGCACUUGAUUGUAAUAAUUAUGUAUUAUGUAUGUAGAUUACAGAAGUACUAGUUGGCAACAGCCAGAAGUACAACGUGGCACCUUAGCACUGUAGUAAAUCUAGCAUGUUUCUUAAAUUGGACUAAAAUCUGGGGCUAGUGGCGGCCGUAGAAAUUCUCCAAAGGCGUUUUUCCUGGGCAUUUUGAAAUUUUACCAAACCAUACGACUGAUUAUUUUGUAGGUUAGUGAAAUACCGACAGCCAUUUCGAUUGUAUUUAAGCACUGAUUCUAGGAAAUAUUAAAGAUAAGUUUUUAUGUAUUUUUAUAUGUAUUCACUCAACCGAUCAGUUUUAUUUGGCAGCAUUAUUUUUGCUUCUGUUAGACUGAGCGUGUAUUAUUUUUAUUGACAAAGUGAUGUAGCCAAGUUGAGUAUUUUAUAUUAAAAUCCUAAGUGAAAUCACAUUGAUUACUGUCGAAGUUACCUCUCUCCAUUUCUGUCUUUCCCUGUUUUCUCUGUUGAGACUUGUAUAUUGGAAUGUAUGUAAAUUAUUAUCAUGUAACUUAUUCUCUAGUAUUAUAACAGUUCUGUAACGAUUAACAGACAAAUUGAGAUAAAUAAAUGACAACUAUACUUAA